CGGGGCGCUGAGGAGCUUCCAGUGUGUCUGGGAGUAUGGUGGUGGCGGCGGCGUGGAGCGGCGAGGAGGACCAUCCAUCAGCUCUCCAGUCAGUGUCGCCUUCAGGAGCCCCUUUGCGCUUUCCGGUCACAUAACGCGUCCCUAACCUCGAAGGCCGCUUCGCCACGCCCCUUUUGAUAUAAAGCUCCGCCCCCCCCGCAGCAAUGACGUCGAACAGCUGAUGGGUCGAGGACAUAUAGUCAGGCGGGGAUGCGGCUGGUGCGGCGCCGCGGCCUGGCGUGGCGGGAGGCGGCACUGAAGGCGGCGGCGCAGAACCCCCCGUCUUCCACGGACAAAUGGAACAGCCUCCUGCACCAGCUCAAGGCCGCCCGCGCGUGCGACAACCCUGCGUGCAAGGGCGGCCACGCGCCCGACCAGGAGCACAUCCCCAUCACCGUCAGAAGGGAGUCGCGAGCGUCCAUUGUCCAGCGCGAGGCCGAGCAGGAGGAGCUGUUCCGAGGAUACACAACCCGCCUCCUCAUCCUCCUGGGCUUCCUCCUGGCGGGACUCACAGGGCUGGUCAUCUACACCCUCCUCUCGUCGCCCACGAUGUUUGGGUCGCGUCCCCCGGCCUCCAAUCCUCCGCCCUAGGAUGGAAGGAUGGGCGGCGGGGCGCGGGGUGACAGGGUGAGGGCCCGGCGACAGGGGGAGGGGGGAUCGGGGAGGGAUGUGUAUGGGCUUGUUAGUCUCAACAUCUUUUCAUGUUUUCUUGUGCUUUCUUUCGAGUGUAUUUUUCUUUCUAUUUUGUCUUGUCUCCUAUUUCCCUUCGUAUUUUUUUCCUCUAUCGUCUCUGGCAAAAUGUUUAGAAAAUCAUAUAAUAUAUUAAUAUUAUUUGAUAUCUACAUGUUUCAUCUUCAAACGUGAUAAAGAAAAAUGUAUCACCCAAGUUAUUUUUGGGAUCACGUGUAUGUAAAUAAUGUCUACUCACUUAUCUAGUCAUAUAUGCUCAUUUAUUUAUUUACUUGCAUAGAUAGUUUCAUCUCCAUUUACGUGUUUCUUGCCGAGUGAUUCUUAGAGAAAAUACUAUUGCUAUGUAUCGAGUGAUAAACAGUUGCUACCUUCAAUGCGCACAAAUCUUUAUUGAAUACUAGCUAAAUUUUCUUGAUAUUGAAAUUUGUUUGUUGUGUUCGUUUGAUACGCGGUAAUUAUGCUAAAAAAUAAGAGACAUGCGUACACUCCAACGAAAUUUCUCAUAUAUCAACAGUGAUUUUGCCUUUAUUAUAGAAUUAACACUGAAAAACAGCAAAGAGCCGACACAAACUUUAACUUCUUCAUAGGUUUAAAAACUAUAUAACCUUACACACGGAAAUGUAAAGAUAUAUUCAAAGACCUUGUUUCAUCUCACUCUCGUUUCUUUUUUGCCUGUUACGUCACGUCACUCUGUUUAUAUAUUCCGGUUCAAUACAUAUCAUUACUUAAAUAGAGUGUAGUUUCACUCGAAGAUGCAAAUCUCUUUUGGAAAACCUAGUUCACUCUUGGCCUCUGAGAGCGCUGAACUGAUAUCGAUUUACUGAUAUACCUUAUCUUAUCAUUUUAUUUUCCUAAUGCACACGUUUCCCCCUUUUUCUCAAGUAAUAGUAUUUUCUAAAUCACUUAUUCACAACAAAGCUUUAGAUUUUUAGUAAACCUUAUUCUUGUAUGAACCCAAAAACACCGCCAAUGUGUGCGUUCGCAUAACGUGUUUCAAGAGUGGAUUGACGAACGGUCUGCCCUUCCUUAUGUCUCAGUCAACAACAAAGAGAGAAAAAAUGUAAAAUAUAUGUAACUCCUGCAUUUGUG